GACCUGAGCGGGUUAGUGUGGACACGCAGCGGAGCGCACGACUGAGGACUCUGUACAGCGCAACUCCAACACAAAUGGAUAUUUACGUGGCUUUGUUAUCCCUUUUCUUUUUUACCAAACCAGCUUUGGCUUUCGGAUCAGAUCAAGACUAUCAGAUUGAUAUCAUCAAUGAACUUGACCUGGCAAAUGCCACCUAUGGAAUUACCCAAGUGUCGGGGCUUCACAACACCAGCAAAGCCUUCCUUUUCCGAGAUGUCGGGAGAGCAGUUCACGCCCCGGCACACAUCACAGAGAAAGUGGUGCAGCUGUUCAGGAGUAAAAGUGAGUUUACCUUCUUGGCCUCCAUCCAGCAGAAGUCCUCCACGUCGGGAGUCAUAUUCUCCAUCCAUGAGUCAGAACACAGUUACUUUGAGCUGGAGAGCAGCGGCGUGAGAGAGGAGAUCCGCUACCACUACCGCUUCAAAGGAAAGCCGCGCUCGGAGUCCUUCCCCUACCGCCUUGCCGACGGCCUCUGGCACAAGAUCGCGCUCACGAUCAGCGCCUCCCACCUCCUGCUGCACGUGGACUGUAACAGGAUUUAUGAGCGGGUGAUAGACCCCCCACAGAUGGAGCUCACCCCAGGCAGUGGAGUGUGGCUCGGCCAGCACAGCCACAAACAUGGCCUGUUCAAGGGCGUUAUCCAGGAUGUGAAGCUGAUUUUCGCUCCCAAUGGCUACAUUACACAGUGUCCUAACCUUAACCGCACCUGUCCAACCUGCAGCGAUUUCCUGAGCCUGGUGCAAGGCAUCAUGGACCUUCAGGAGCUACUUGCCAAGAUGACCCUGAAGUUGAACUAUGCAGAGUCCAGGCUGACCCAGCUGGAGGGCUGUCACUGCGAGAGGACCUGCAGCGCCAACGGUCUGGUCUACAGGGAUAAGGAGCUGUGGGUGGAGCCCGAGAACUGCAGGAACUGUGCAUGUAAAAAUGGUGUGGUGGAGUGCCGCAGGAUUUUCUGUCCACCAGCAAACUGCUCCGAAGACUCGCUGCCGGUGCACGUUGACGGGACCUGCUGCAAGAAAUGCAGACCAAAAUGUAACUACAUGGGUCAGACCUUUUCUGAAGGCCAGCACUUUUUAUCCCGGAGCUGCAGGGAAUGCAAGAACGGUCUGAUGGUGAAAGUCACAGAAACUUGUCCGGAGCUCAACUGCACCGUCAGUGAACAGAUAUUACCAGAUGGCAGGUGCUGCAAUGUUUGCAGAGGUUACGACUUCUGCGCGGAGGGAGUCAUUUGUGGGGAAAACUCUGAGUGUAAAAACCGGAAUACUAAAGCCGAAUGCGAAUGCAAGAGCGGCUAUGCCUCCAUCCACGGGGAUUCUACUUACUGUGAAGAUAUUGAUGAGUGUGCGACCCAGAUGCAUUACUGCCAGUCCAACACGGUGUGCGUCAACCUGCCCGGCAGCCAUCGCUGUGACUGUCUGCCAGGCUUCAUCAGAGUGGACGAAUACUCCUGCACCGAGCAUGAUGAGUGCGCCAGUGGCCAGAAUUUGUGUGAUGAGAACGCCAUCUGCACCAACACCAUCAGAGGACACCUGUGUACCUGCAAGCCGGGCUACGUGGGAAACGGCACCAUCUGCAGAGCCUUCUGUGAGGAGGGAUGCAGGAGCGGGGGGACCUGUGUGUCUCCCAACACAUGUGUCUGUCCCUCAGGAUUCACAGGACGCCGCUGCGAGACAGACAUCGACGAGUGUGCAGAGGGUCUGAUUGAGUGCCACAACCACUCCCGCUGUGUCAACCUCCCAGGCUGGUACCACUGUGAAUGCAGAAGUGGUUUCCAUGACAAUGGGUCCUACUUGCUUGAUGGGAGCUCCUGCAUCGACAUCGACGAGUGCAGUUUGCAGACACACACCUGCUGGAAUGACAGCGUGUGCGUGAAUCUCCCGGGAGGCUACGACUGUGUGUGUACGUCUGGUCCGGGCUGUAGCGGCGACUGCCCGCAGGAAGAGGGAAUCAGACGCAAUGGGGAGGACUGGAAACCCAGCUUUGACCGCUGUGCCAUUUGCUCCUGCAAGGAGGCGCAGACGUACUGCCGGAGGAGACCCUGUGACUGCGGAGAUCCAGACGAGGAUCUGUUCUGCUGUCCUGGCUGCGACAACAGGCCCAACAGCCAGUGCCUGGACCAGAGUGGACGCACACUCUAUCGCAGCGGAGCGUCCUGGCUGUACGGCUGCCAGCAGUGCCGCUGCAUGGAGGGGGAGGUGGACUGCUGGCCUCUGGUUUGCCCCGUGUUGAUGUGCGAGUACACAGCAGUGGCGGAGGGCGAGUGUUGCCCGCGCUGCGUCACAGACCCCUGCCUGGCCGACAACCUGUCGUAUGACAUCCGACAGACGUGCCAGGACCCCGCAGGCGUCGUCCGCCUAAGCGGGGACACGUGGCAUAUGCCCAACUCACCCUGUACCACCUGCCAGUGUAAGAACGGGAACGUGUGCUGCUCGGUGGAUCUCGACUGCCUUCAGAACAACUAAAGUCUCUCCUCCUCCUCUUCCUCCUCCUGCCCCCCCACCACCCCACCACCCCCUCCCUCCCCCUCCUCCAACCGACAACUCCACCCCUCGGAUUCCUUAAAAAAGACUCACGCGCGCACAUGUGCAUGCCAGGGUGUGCACAGAAAAUACAAACCCACACUGGACUGAGGCUGUGCUGUUAAUGCCACUGUCACUCCGUCGACUAACAGUGGGCCGGUGGAGCAAGCGGGCGAGUGUGUGUGGCUCGGGCGGAGACUGAGGCCAUGGUCACCACAGUCACUGUGUCGUGUACGUGUCUUUGUGUCGUUUCCAUUUCACUACAUUCCUCGAGGAGAAAAGGCGAGCAGCUGAGCGGUGUAAGGAUGACGAGAGGAUCCACAGCCGAUCAGGUUUGAGGUCGAGGUGCUCCAGCUCCAACCAUUCGUGGUUUCUAAAUGUAGACUUACUUAUACUUUGUCACCUUGAAGUGACCCAAAUUUUAAAAUAUCGCUCCGCAAGUUUGACGUCACUUAAAACAAGAGGUAGUUUGGCGUAGAAAUAACAGUUCGGAAAGUGACAAAAAUGACCUUUGAACCUGGUGACGUUCGCCCCGUCUCCAGCGUCUCUCAUGGGAGCGAUUUUGUCUUGUCAUUCUUACGAAUACUUUCUUGCGUUCUGCGGAGACAAACACCUCACCCGAACCUUUGAGUUGUUGGUCGGUGAUCCAAGCCAUUUCACAAUAUGUGUUGACAAUCCGAUAUUGUACCAUUGAUUUUUGUUUUCCACAACAGCUGUGUGCUGCAUUUGUCUCUGUCCCGAUAUAAAAAUCAAACAAAGCUAUACCAGGAGAAGGAAGUGAACAAUUAUGAAUCUAUUAACCUGACUCUUAACUUUUAAAUAUUUAGAAUGUUUUCAGACAGCCCACCAUCCGCAUUUCUGCAUCUGUAUCCACCAGCUUAGUGCUUACUCACACUUCAGGAACUGGAACCAGCCAUCAUCAGAUUGCUUCUGACAAUAUUUGCAACUCUCUUCAGAAGCUAGUCUGACAAGCACGCCAACUUGAGGCAAUGCUUGGCCAGGUCUGUGGAGGUGAGAGAAUUUCUUUCUUGUCGGAAACACAUUUUGUGCGGUUAUCAGACCCGCUGUUUCUCACAUUUUGGAAGCGAUAUGGACACGGGGUUUUUUUUUUUUAGACGAAGCUCUGCUAAAUCGGCAGUCGGUGGUAGGGCUGGCAGGGAGACAUAAAAAAGAGAAAGGGCGAUAGAGAGAGAGAGAAAGAGAGAGAGUGGGGAUAAUUAAAGCCAUGUCACGCUGGCCUGGAUUUGAGUAUGCCAGGAGGUCACCAAGUGUCGAACCCAUUUACAGACAGCCGGGCUUAUUAAGGCGUGAUCGUCUGGUGCUUUUCCUGCUGCAGUUCACAGACUCGCAGCUCUGGUCUCCAGCUCUGUCCUCUCCUCCACACACCUCUUGCAUUAUCCUCAAGCUUGUCUUGCAAAGGCUAACAUCUUCCUCAAGGGUUGUAUUUAUCACCCUUUGUCCAUCACUGUCUGUUUUUUUUUUUUCCAGCCGGAACCAGAGAGAAUUUCUAGCAUCGUCUCAAAACCGAUGCUUCACCCAUGAAAUCGUUAGCCUGACCACAGCAGAAAUCUCUGAUGGGCCACUUGCACACUUUGGUCGAGCGAAAUGGUUAUUCAGUAAACUUCUGUUGCGCAGCUCUUCAUAGGACCACUUGGCAGGUAAUUUUAGGUCAAUUAAAUCCUUUCGGUAAGGGCAUAAGUGGUUCUUUAACAUCAAGCUCUUCUCUAAACCUUAUUUUUCUCUGACUCUUCUGCACACCAUUAUAAUAGCUGCACGCAUCUGGACUCCUCAGGAGAAUCCAUUCCACCUUCCGGAUUCAGAUUAUCCUUAGUGAAAAUUAAACCUUCAUUUGGCUUUUUUUCAAAGUUUCUAUGGGAAACGAAGCAAAUCAUCUGGAACCCCUCAACGAUACUAGUGUUCCACGCGCUGAUAGUGUAAAGCUUAGUGCAGAUUACACAACUUCUACUUCGAUUUUCCUGUCAAAUUUUUGAGACCUGAGACAUAAAACCCUCGAGCAGGAAUGGAAUCCGUGCUUGCGGCCAAUCUCCACAUGAAGCUGGCGGAUUUUUUUCGCGAGCCAUCCCACUUACUACGACGUCAUUAUAGCCGAAAACAAGACGCAUCUGUGGAGCACCUUGCUGACAGGUUUGAGACAGGAGAUGAACAGCAUCCAAUGACAGCGCCACGGGGUCGUUGAUGCGUGUGUAGAGCCACUUGUUGAAAGUUUUUGUUCAAUAUUGAGAUCAUUCCCUCCAGAUGAGGAACAUGAUGACUGAUUGUCAUCAGUACACUUCACCUAAGAGUAGUUGUGUCAACAGUGCAACCAUGCAUUAGUAUGCCAGCAGUCUGGAGCAAAACAUGUCUUGUUUUAAGAGCAAUACAGCAAUUGAGCUGAGUUGGCCGCACUAGUUAUAAAGGAAAAACUUUGAUGCAUUACUUUUCAAAUCGUAACCGGCGUUAGGAGUGAACUUGGCCUUUUUACUGAAAGUCUGUCUCCUCCUUCUCCCUCCUGCUGACCUUCCUCUAUCCAAUGUCAGGCUAGUUUCUCGUUUGUGGCCGCGUUUCCGGUCCUGAACAGAAACAGCAGGAAAAGACUUUUUUUCUACCCUUUUGUGCUCGGAGCACGUUGUCUGGACAAACUUUUGGGAAAGGUGACGCGGGUUGUUUCACCUCUGGAGGGGACGGCGGCACGCAGCGAGGUGUGCCGCCGCUCCGACCUCCCCGCCACAAUGUCCUUGUGUCGUCUUUGUUCGCCACCACAUCUGUUUUGUGUCUCACCUGAGCAUUUUCUCCGUGUGCUCUGCUCCAUUUUCACAGCGCCUCUUGUAAAACUGAAAAAUGUCAACUGUGCACAAAGUACACACAAAAGGAGACCCAAGUGUUGUAAACGGUAUCUGUGCCCAUCAAGUUUAACACAGCAAUCGAGAGCGGACAUUUGUACAAAACAUCACCGGAAACCAGUUUUUCAGAUUGCUCUGUUGAUUGAUUUGAUAUGAAAUAUAAUGACUACUGUAAAACACUAUUUGCAAGUCUGUGUGUAAUUGUUUUUACAUACUGACGAUAUGAUACAAUUAUACAGUUUUUUAAUUAUCAUUGUGUUCAUGAAUAACGUAUUAAUUUCAGUGGACUACUUUUCUUUGGUUUUGCUGUAAAUACUGUGUAAAGUGAGGCGUUCUGUAAAGAGAUUAAGACUAUGUGAAUAAUUCUCACUACAGCUUCUUAGGAUCAGAGCGUUGCAAGUCAGGAAUGACAGAGAAGCAACAUUUCUAUUGUUUCUACUGUUUCUUUAUUUUUCUAUUCUUGCCUUAACCCUUUUAGUAUCCAUCAUAGUUUAAUGUCUUUUCAUUGUUUUAGGACAACAUUAGGGAUGCGACUAGCCUGUGUGUUUGUACAGAUCUCUGAUCAGUGAGUGACCCUCGCUGAAAGCUGAGAGUCAACAGACGUGGAUUUUGGAACCAGGAUGAGCCUCGGCCGGCGUCUGCUCCUGGUGUCUUUGUAAAACAGGCGAAGAUCUCUGACAUUUUUUCACUCCACAUCUUUUUCUCCCUCUUUUUUCUUUUCUUUUCUUUUUUUUCUUUUUCGCAUCUGUAUGAACUGACCUGAAAAGUCUCUACGUGAGAACCAGACAAAAUAGAACUAUGUACACAUGUAAAAAAAAAAAAAAAAAAAAAAAAAAUGAACAAAAAAAGAAAAAAACCAAUGUUGAAAAUGACAAUGUUGUUCUCGAUUCAGU